AUGGACCUCCUGGGUGGUGGAGGAUUCCCAGUUACAGAGAAGGAGGUGCAGCAGUGGUACAAGGGCUUCAUCAAGGACUGUCCCAGCGGGCAGCUCGACGCCGCCGGCUUCCAGAAGAUCUACAAGCAGUUCUUCCCCUUCGGUGACCCAACCAAAUUUGCCACCUUCGUUUUCAACGUCUUCGAUGAGAACAAAGAUGGGAGGAUCGAGUUUUCAGAGUUCAUCCAGGCGCUGUCGGUCACCUCCCGGGGGACCCUGGACGAGAAGCUGAGGUGGGCGUUCAAGCUGUACGACUUGGACAACGACGGGUACAUCACGAGGAACGAGAUGCUGGACAUUGUGGAUGCAAUCUAUCAGAUGGUGGGAAACACUGUGGAGCUUCCUGAGGAGGAGAACACACCUGAGAAAAGGGUGGAUCGGAUUUUUGCCAUGAUGGACAAGAAUGCAGAUGGGAAGCUGACACUGCAGGAGUUCCAGGAGGGCUCCAAGGCUGACCCCUCCAUCGUGCGUCUUUUGCCAUGUGACUCCUCCAGUUCUGGAGAUACGUGCUGA